AUGGAAGCUAAACUUUCAGAGAAGAGAAAGGUAACAGUUAAAGAUUUCUGUGGGAAAACUUUGGUUUCUAUAAGGGAAUACUACAGGAAAGAUAGUACACUUCUAAAGACUCCUUUCGCUUUUAUAGGAAUAAGCUUGACAAGCUUGACAGAGGAACAAUUGGCAAUCUUCAAGAAGAAUGUUCCUGCUAUAGAGAAAGCGGCAAGGAAGAUGGAAUCAAAGAUCAUGUGAACGUCGAAACCGUAUUUGUAUACACGUUUCACAUGGCAAAUUACCAAAAGACAAUGCCUUUUGUCCCCUUUUUAAAAAUUAUUUUUAUUUUUUAUAUUUUUGUUUGGGAAAAAAGAAAUAGUGGGCAUUAACUGUUAUGUUAGGUGAGCUACCUCUCUUCUGAGCUGUUGAACAUCGUGAAUGAGUAUAAUGAUGAUCAAAUUUUGACUUA